AUGUUUAAGAACUUAACGAAGUUGGCCUGCUGCUUAGGAUUACUUAAUGGGACGUUUGUAGUGUGUUCUUAAUUAAGGAAUGAAAAUGGGCAUAAUAGAAAUGAACAAUACAAUUUUCUAAGUGAAAACGAAUUAAAUAACUUAAUGAUGAGGCAUAAAAAUUUAUGGAUUCUGAAUAGAAAUCAAACAGAACAUAUUCUUUCUUUGAUGAGAGAUACUAAUGCUGAUAUAGUGGUAAUUAAAUAUUAAGAUACUUUAAGACUUUCCGUAAGAAUGCUGAUCGAUUAAUAAGAAUCUUGAUGGAAUAAGCUUUAUGUCAUAUAGAGAAAAAGAAAUAAAUAAAAUAAUCUCCUUUGGGAUUUUAUGAAUCAAAUGAAGUGAAAUAUAAUGAAGAAGAGUAUAUAUAUAUAUAUAUAUAUAUAUUUAGAAUAUGUAUAGUAAGUAUACUUAGAUCAGGGAAUGCAUUCUUAAAUGAAGGUUUAAGAGUAAUAUCUGGAGCAUCAAUAGGAUAAAUAUUGAUAUAAAGAAAUGAAGAGACAUCAAUGCCAAAAUAUUUUUUUGAAAAGCUUCCAGAAGAUAUAAAUGAAUAAUAAAUUAUUUUAGUUGAUCCAAUGUUAGGAACAGGAGGAAGUGCAAGUAUGGCAUUAAAAGUAUUAUAAACUAAUGGUGUAAAGGAAGAAAAUAUUAUAUUUUUAACUUUAGUUAGUUGUGAAUAGGGAUUAAAUAAAGUAUUUAAAGAAUUUCCAAAUAUUAAAAUAAUAACAGCUCAAGUUGAUCCAGUAUUGAUAUAGAACAUUAAUUACUUAGCACCUGGAAUAGGUGAUUUUGGAGAUAGAUAUUUUGGAACUGUUAAAAAAAAUAAAUGUGGGCUUAAGCUUUGA